AAGCAAAAAUUGUCUCCUGAGACAAACUCUUUCAUGGAAGAAAAUGGAAUAAUGGUGCGGAACUAUGGUGAUGUUAGCUCAGAUGUGGUCCUCCUUGCAUCUAAUCAACUCAUUUCUUCCUCCUCAACUAAGGGUUUUGAAGAGAACCCAAAGAUUGAUGUUGGAAAUGCCACUAAUACAGGGAAUAGUUCUAGUCAUGCUGUUGAGUUUGUAAAUGACCUCAUAUGGGUUGAUCCUGGAGCAUGUUGCUUCGCUUUGUAUUCAAAACUGAGUGUUGAUAAAGUUCUCCCUCAGCAAUCACCUUUAGCCCUUCCAAAAGCUCUGAAGAACCCUGUUGAGAUAGAAGGAUUGAAGAAGGCCCAUAUUCGGGAUGGGGCAGCUGUUGUGCAAUAUCUUGUCUGGCUUGAUAAGCAGAUGCAGGAACUUUAUGGGGCAUCCGGUUAUUUCAUGGAGGCCGAAAGUACCAAAGAGAAGAAACAACUGUAAGUUUUUCUGGCUUGUACUAUUUCAUAGUUUUGGUGAGUAGGUACAUGUUAGGAAUUUAUCUGUUAUAGUCUGCUAGUUCAGGACUUAUCCAUCAGGAUCCAAGAAGACAAAUUCGGGGAGUAUUGAAAACAUUUUAAGCUAAUCUAUUAGAGUUAGCAGCUUGUGGUGAUUGGAGAGGUACAUUAUC